AUGGAAGGUUCAACAGCCGAGCAUGCUAAUCAUACUGGUGGUUUCGAAGGUUGUGACAUGCAAAUUUCCCCAGGAAAUACAAAAUAUUGGACUCCGGUCUGCAAUCCUUCAAUUAAGCCGUCGGUUGGACAGUGGUUCCUAAAUUUGGACAAUGCUAUUGAGUUCUAUGCAAAAUAUGCAGGAAAAGUUGGGUUUGAUAUACGUCGAAGCUCGGAAAAAAAGGACAGGCAGGGUAAGAUUUUGAUGAAGUACGUGUUGUGUUCCCGCGAGGGGUUUAAGCAACCAACUAUUUUAAGUAUUGGGGUGGAUGGAUCGCGUGGUGAAACCGGGACAGAUGUUAUUAGGCGUAGGACAUCGAAUAGGGUGGGGUGUAAUACACGGAUUGUGUUUAAGCGGAUAGGAAGUGGGGGGUUUGUCGUGUUUUCGUUAGAAGAGCGGCAUAAUCAUUGUAUGUGUUCGGAGGUGUCAAAAACGUUUUUGAGAGUGAAGCGGAAGUUGGACCUUGGCCAUCAGACUUUCAUUACCAAUUGUGCCAAGGUAAAUAUUGGGCCGAUUAAAUCUUUUAAACUGUAUAAAGAAAUGGUGGGUGAUUAUUCAAAAAUAGGGGCAACGAGUGUUGAUUUCUGUAAUUUCAGACGUGAUUUGUUGGCUUAUAUUGAGACGGGAGAUGCGCAUUUAAUACUUGCCAAGUAUCGACAAAAAAAAGAGGUGUGCCUGAAGAUGUACUUCGAGUACGAUGUAGAUGAGUAUGACCAUUUAUGUCGGGUGUUUUGGGCGGAUCCAGAGGCUAGAAGGAACUUUGCACGAUUUGGAGAUGCAAUGUCGUUUGAUGCUACAUAUAGUACGAACAGGUAUAGCCUGGUUUUUGUCCCUUUCACUGGGGUGGACCAUCACAAGAAAUGCAUUACAUUCGCUAUAGGGUUAAUAUCUAAGGAAGAUGUAAAAUCAUAUGUCUGGCUGCUUGAGAAUUUCAAGAAAUGCAUGGGGCAUGUGCCGCAGUUGACAGUGACCGAUCAAGAUCCCACCAUGAAGAGUGCCGUUGCACAGGUGUUUGAAUCAACUCGCCAUCGUUUCUGCAUGUGGCAUAUCAUGACCAAGGUUAGCGAGAAGGUAGGGUCAACAUUGGCAAAGAACGAAGAGUUUCGUAGGGCAUUGAAUGCUGUUGUGUGGAAUGAGAAACUUAAAAUUGAAGAGUUUGAGGUUAGGUGGCAUCAUAUUAUGGAGGACUACGGACUCAGUGAACACAAAUGGUUCAAGCAAAUGUUUGAGGUGCGUGAAUUUUGGAUUCCUGCAUAUUUCCACAACGUCUUCAUGGGAGGGUUAUUACGAACUACAUCACGGUCAGAAGCAGAGAAUAGUGUAUUCGGGAGUUACACUAGCCAACACGCUAGCUUAGUGGAGUUUUUCUUGCAAUUCGAGGCGGCAAUAGAUACCCAACGGCAUAAACAAGCGAAGCUUAAUGCAGAUUGUGAAAGCAAGUUUCCAGAGAUGAAAACCCCGUUGAAGAUCGAGCGGCAUGCCGCGACUAUUUACACCAUAGCUAUUUUCUAUGAUGUGCAAGAGGAGAUUUAUGCGGGGUGUGUCACGUCUCGAAUCAUAUCUAAGAUGGCUGAGGGCGAUUCUAUACACUUCGUGGUUGAAGAUGGUGAUGGGGGAUUAUUUGAUGUGUACGCGAAGAAUGUUGACCUGUCAUUUGAUUGCACAUGUCGAAUGUUUCAAAGGGUUGGGUUGUUGUGCAGGCAUGUGUUUGUCUUAUUAAAGGAUUCCCGCGUAGACAUCAUUCCGUCUCAAUAUAUUGUUGCAAGAUGGACUCGAGCCUAUGAUGGCGAGGUGUGUAGGGGAGACAACAUAGGUGUUGUUACGGAUCCAAAUUCUGCACUCACCCAAGUUUGGAAUGAGUUCUACAAUUGUGUUGGCCGUGCAUGUGGAAAUACCGACCGCCUGGUGGAGUUGGCAACAUUAUUGAAAGCUCAUAGUGAGAUAUCCACCAAUAGGAACAAUGCUGUUACCCCAAGUACUGCUAAGGUAAGUGUUAUCCAUUCAUUUUGUGGCUCGCCAAAGUCAUCAGAUGUUGUUGUCCGGCCACCUAACAGCUCGCCAAAGUCAUCAGAUGUUGUUGUCCGGCCACCUAACAUUGCUAAGAAUAAAGGGUCUGUUGUUGUCCGGCCACCUAACAUUGCUAAGAAUAAAGGGUCUGGGAAGCGAUUGAAAUCGAUAAGAGAGAAGGUUGCCGAGUCUGGGAAGCGAUUGAAAUCGAUAAGAGAGAAGGUUGCCGAGGAAGCGAUUGAAAUCGAUAAGAGAGAAGCGAUUGAAAUCGAUAAGAAUGAACAAGUAAAUCGAUCCUACACACCUGAGCCAAAUAACUCUGGAUAA